AUGGCCUCCCAAAACACCAACAACCAGCAGCAACCCGGCCUUGUCGCCGGCCACGUCGAGUACAUCAAGGGCGCCGCCGAGGCCGCCAUUGGUAGCGUCACGGGCUCCCACGCCUGGACCUCGUCCGGCGAGCAGGACAAGGCACACGCAGCAUCGACGAUGAAGGCUGCGAGCCAGCAGCGCGACCCCUCGACGCAGGGGUAUGGCAAGGCCGAAGAGGUCGCGGGCAAGGCUUUCGGGUGUGACGGCAUGAAGCAGGAGGGCGCCGCUAGCAAGCAGGAAUAA